UCCAAUCCAAUUGACCAGUUGCUUCCGCGUGUAAAGCUCCGAGGUCUUUGUCAUCACUUCCUCCCCACAGGACAAGUCCAGUCAAAACAUUGAACCUUCGUUUCCAUUUCCUUUUAAGCUAUAGUUUUCUCUGCUUCUUCCUCUUAAAACUCUGGUUCUUUUCCAAGCCAAAUACCACCCAAGGCUGAAGGAGGGAAAAAGAAGAGAUGGGGUUUUCAAAGGAAGAGAAAUCGAGGAGAUUAUGGAGAGGUGUUAAGACUUUGUUUUUCUUAAUCACCAUGGUGAUUUCUUUUCUUCUGUUUUCUGCACCAGUUUUCCUUGUUAUUGCUGAUGCCCUCUUGCCUUCUGCUUUGCUUUCUGCUUCCCUUUCUGAGCCUUCUUCUUUAUCAUUCAAAAGUCUCUCUUCCCAUUUCAGCAACUAUGAUUUCAGAUACUCUCUCAUAGAUAUCCCUCUUAUAUCCAUCAUCAGAUCAGCUGUUAUAAUCUGUGUUUAUAGCUUUUGUGAUGGGCCAAGACUUUCCAGGGGACCUUACCUGGGAAUUACAAUGAUUUGUUCUGUUUCAUCUUUGAUUUUUGUUUCAUUAAAGGCUUCAUUUGUGUUCAGCUCGAGUGUUCAUAGAGAAGGGUAUGUGACAGCCAUGGAAACUGCUCUGUUCAUCUCUUCACUGGCCUUGGCAAUUGCCCAUAUGAUUGUUGCAUACAGAACCAGUUGCAGAGAAAGAAGGAAACUCCUUGUCUACAAAAUUGACAUUGAAGCUAUUUCUGCUUGCAAGAAUGGGUUCCCAAGGUAUCAGAAGAUUCUCCAAGAAGAAAGAGUGAAGUAAAUACCAGUCUACUACAACAAUGGAAAGGAUUUUCCACAUAGGAAAUCAAUCUACCUUUUCCCCCAUCCUUUGGCUCAUCACAUUCUUCCAUGCCAGGUUUCAGAUUUAUCGAAAACAAAUCAGGUUCCUGGAAAACCAAAAGAAGUUAACAUGGUGCUAGGCAGCAGCAGUAUAAAAUUAAAACCCCUAUAUACAAAUAGAUGGGAAUGAAUUCCCUGCAUAUAUACAAAUUACUAUAGCUGGUGGUCGUGUAUCUGUAAGUAGAGGCUCUGGUUUUGAGGAUAGAUCCAACAUUCUUUCAUGAUUUUGAGUGUACAGAUUGUAUUUACAUAUAUAAAAAAAAUGGGCCAAAGGCCUUUCAUGACCAUCUUGUGUGAAGAUAUACUCAAUAUACACCACAUUGAAUGGCAUCUUUAGCAGGUCAGAUUGGUGACAGUUCCUGCAA